CCUCUUACCCUCAUCCUUCUCUCUCUCUCAUCUCUCUCUCUCUACUCGAUCGAGAGAAAAUCCUCAAUACAUAGCCGAAGUAGCCGAGUCCGGAGAAUCACCAGAACAAAUCUAAAGAAUAUCAAAACCUGUAUUUUGAUCCGGUUUUCUCGAAUCAGUUGAAUCGAUUUGAUUUGGGCCGUAGCAAUCUGUCGUUGGAUAGGGAUAUUGAUUAUUUCCAAAUUUUAAGUCAGAAUAUGAGCUUUUCAUCUGCACAAAACAAUAGACGGAAUAACAACAGUAAUCGGCCCGGAAACAAUCCUGUUCAAAGUGCUCGACGUGAGUGGUUACCUCGGGGAUCCACGGCCACCACCGCUGUUUCAGCUGCCCCUGUCACCACCACGGUAACUACCACUGUUGUGAGCCCUGUGUUCAAUCUUAAUGGUUCAAGCUCAGCUGGAAAUGGAAGAGAAAAGGAUAAUGUGUCAGCUGCACCCGUUAAUCGUCGAAAUCAGACAUAUGUGGGACCCAAUCUCAAUAAGGGGCCGACAUAUGCGAGGAGAGAGAGGGGCAGGGAGAACCAUAAUUAUCAGGCGAACAGGGUGGAGAGGGCGGUCAAUGGGAGGAUUAAUCAGGGCGAACACACACGUUUGAAGGACCCUAAUUUGCCUCAACUUGUGCAAGAAAUUCAGGAGAAGCUGUUGAAGGGGAACAUUGAGUGCAUGAUUUGCUAUGAUAUGGUGCGGAGGUCUGCCCCUGUUUGGUCAUGCUCGAGCUGUUACUCUAUUUUCCAUCUUAAUUGUAUCAAAAAAUGGGCCAGAGCUCCCACUUCUGUUGACAUGUCUGCGGAGAAGAAUCAGGGAUUUAAUUGGCGCUGUCCAGGCUGUCAAUCAGUGCAGCUCACUUCAUCCAAGGAGAUCCGAUAUAUUUGCUUUUGUGGGAAGAGGCCAGAUCCUCCUUCAGAUUUGUACUUGACCCCACAUUCAUGUGGAGAGCCCUGUGGCAAGAAACUUGAGAAGGAGCUUCCAGGGCAUGAUCUGAGUGAAGAGGAUCUGUGCCCUCACGUUUGUGUCCUACAAUGCCAUCCUGGUCCUUGUCCACCUUGUAAGGCAUUUGCUCCAGCUAGAAGUUGCCCCUGCGGGAAGGAAGUAAUUACCACUCGGUGCUCUGAUCGCAAGUCCGUUCUUACCUGCGGACAGCAGUGUGGUAAGCUUCUUGACUGUGGGCGUCAUCGGUGUGAACAGACUUGCCAUGUUGGUCCUUGUGGCCAUUGUCAAGUUAUUGUGAAUGCCUAUUGCUUCUGUAAGAAGAAAACAGAGGUUGUUCUUUGUGGAGACAUGGGUGUGAAAGGAGAUAUCAAGAUCGAGGACGGCGUCUUUUCAUGCAGUUCAGCUUGUGGAAGGAAGCUUAGCUGCGGAAACCACAUCUGUCUUGAGCUCUGCCAUCCAGGGCCAUGUGGGGAUUGUGCCUUGUUGCCAAGCAAGGUCAAGACAUGCUGCUGCGGUAAAAGCAGCUUGGAGGACGAAAGACACAGUUGUUUAGAUCCAAUUCCAACCUGUUCCAAGGUCUGUGGUAAAAGCCUCAGGUGUGGGGUACAUCGCUGUCAAGCGGUGUGUCAUUCUGGUGACUGUGCACCAUGUCUUGUUCCUGUCACUCAAAGAUGCCGCUGUGGGUCAACUUCUCGGACAGUGGAGUGUUACAAAACACAGGCAGAAGUUGAGAAGUUCACUUGUGAUAGACCUUGUGGGCAAAAGAAGAACUGUGGAAGGCACCGCUGCAGUGAGCGAUGUUGCCCUCUUUCUAAUCCAAAAAAUUCCGUCACAGGUGGUUGGAAUCCUCAUUUUUGUUCAAUGCCGUGUGAGAAGAAGCUUAGAUGUGGGCAGCACUCUUGCGAGUCACUUUGUCACAGUGGUCACUGCCCUCCCUGCCUUGAGACAAUUUUCACGGAUUUGACUUGUGCUUGUGGGAGAACGUCAAUCCCUCCUCCGCUACCUUGUGGAACACCUUCUCCUUCGUGUCAGUUACCAUGCUCGGUUCCUCAGCCUUGUGGUCAUCCACCUACUCACAGCUGCCAUUUUGGAGACUGUCUGCCAUGUGCUGUUCCUGUAGCAAAGGAAUGUGUGGGCGGACAUGUUAUUUUGAGGAAUAUACCUUGUGGAUCAAAAGACAUCAGAUGUAACAAGCUUUGCGGGAAGACCAGGCAGUGUGGCUUGCAUGCAUGUGCUAGAACUUGUCAUUCUUCACCAUGUGAUUUUUCUGCUGGCCCCAGCAACGGCUCCAGAGCCUCUUGUGGGCAGACAUGUGGUGCUCCUAGAAGAGAUUGCAGGCACACAUGUACUGCUCUUUGUCACCCCUCUUCGCCAUGUCCUGAUGUGAGAUGUGAGUUUCCUGUUACUAUUACUUGUUCUUGUGGCCGGGUCACAGCAAAUGUUCCUUGUGAUGCUGGAGGUCCGAUUGUUGACUCUGUCUUUGAAGCUUCUAUAAUCCACAAGUUGCCUUCACCUCUUCAACCUAUUGAAAUAAAUGGGAAGAAGGUUCCUCUUGGUCAGAGGAAGCUCACUUGUGAUGAUGAAUGUGCAAAGAUGGAGAAGAAAAAGGUUCUUUCUGAUGCUUUUGGUAUAACUCCGCCGAAUUUGGAGGCCCUCCAUUUUGGUGAUGCAGCUGUCUCUGAAGUGCUAGGGGAUCUUCUUAGGCGUGACCCUAAGUGGGUUUUGUCCAUAGAGGAAAGGUGCAAAUGUUUGGUCCUUGGCAGGAGCAGAGGCGGGGUUAAUGCACUCAAAGUUCAUGUUUUUUGCCCAAUGUUGAAGGAAAAGCGGGAUGCAGUUAGACUGAUAGCUGCAAGGUGGAAGCUUUCAGUGAAUGCAGCUGGUUGGGAACCCAAGAGAUUCAUCACUGUGCAUGUUACACCCAAGUCCAAAGCUCCAGCGCGUAUACUUGGUGCCAAAGGUUGUACUGUCAAUAACAUUGCUCAGCCUGCUGUUUUUGAUUCUCUGGUGGAUAUGGAUCCAAGGCUUGUGGUGGCUUUGUUUGACUUGCCAAGAGAUGCAGACAUUAGUGCGUUAGUUCUCAGGUUUGGUGGUGAAUGCGAGCUUGUCUGGUUGAAUGACAAGAAUGCCUUGGCUGUGUUCAGUGAUCCUGCCCGAGCAGCAACAGCUAUGAGGAGGCUAGACCAGGGGUCAGCUUAUUGUGGUGCUUCUGUAGUUCCUCAGAGUGGUGUUGCAUCAGCAGUGACAUCCGCUACUAAUGCUUGGGGAGUCUCCGGAGCAGCCAAGGAUGGGGGAGGAGCGGCAGCUCUUAAGGGUAAUCCAUGGAAGAAGGCUGUAGUCCAGGAGCCUCAUUUGAGGGAGAGUCCAUGGGAUCCCGAAGAAUGGUCCAAGAAUCCCACUGAUUCAGCCCCUUCUGCCUGGAGGACAAAUGAAGCAACAACUGCUGCCUCGUCUAAUAGGUGGAGUGUCUUAGAGCCUGAAAUGACUUCCAAUUUGCCGAGGGCGUCUAUUACAAUCAAGGAACCUGUUACUGAGCCAGGAGUGGGUGGUUCAGCUUUGCCCCCCAAACCUCAAGAUGUGGGGGUCGACGAGAUGGCAGAUGUAGUGGAUGAUUGGGAGAAGGCUUACGAUUGAGCGCCUGCAAAUGCAUAUGUUUUUGCUGUCCAUUAUUUCUUCUAUGUUUUCUCUUAAGUGCUCAGACGGGAGUUGAUUUUUUUAUGUUUAGUAGCUCCUGUUUACAAUAUUUGUUCAUCAUCUAAAGGGAGUGCUGUUUCCUUUUUGGUUCAAAAACACAACUCCUUUAGCCUUGGUGUCAAUUUCCUCUUUUUUCCUCAAUGAAGGAAAAGAAUGAAGGGAAAAAUAUUGGUCGCAUGGUUCAGAAUGGGCACAUGUUACAGGCUCUCGUUGGUGUAAUGUGCUAUUCGUAAUCACGUCUAGUAAGGUAAAUCUUUCUGCUGAGAUCAGUGUUUUAAAAUGCUGUUUGUUAAAAAUUA